AGAAUAGGAAAGCUAUCAGGGGAGGGGAUGGGAUACGGAGAUCUGGUGGGUGGGAACUGUGUGGAAUUGCACCCCCCUUCUUAUUCCAUGAUCUAAUCAAUAUUUCUAUUUCAUAAAUAAAUAAAUAAAUAAAAACAAAUUAAAAAAUAAAUUCUUUAAAAUGUAUUAAAGCUUUCUCAUACACAACUCUUCGGCAUAAUCCAAAAAUGAGCAGGAACUGGAUCCAUCACAGUCACGGAUCAAAACUGACCAGAACUCAAGACAGAACGGACAACAGCGGCCGGGAAGCUUGGGCUUCACGCAGCUUUGCGGACCCGCCCCCGCCCCCGCAGGGGACCCCAUGCGGGCCGCGCGCAGGCGCCCUGCGCCCCCCGCCCCUCCCUUUCACCCAGGCAACCGCGUUGCGCGGCCGGGCGGGGCGGGGCGGGGCGGUGCGGGCGGCGGAGGCGGGAGCGGCGGUUGCCACUAGCGGUCCGGGCGCGGCGGCCCUGCCUCGGCCUCUCUGCGCGGCGCGGGGUGCGGCGGCUUCAACCCCCCACCAUGGACUCGCAGAAGGAAGCUCUGCAAAGGAUCAUUUCAACUUUGGCAAAUAAAAAUGAUGAAAUUCAGAACUUUAUUGAUACACUAAAUCAAACAUUAAAAGGAGUUCAGGAAAAUUCUUCCAGCGUCCUUUCCGAGCUAGAUGAAGAAUUUGAUAGCUUAUAUUCCAUAUUGGAUGAGGUGAAGGAAAGGAUGAUCAGCAGCAUCAAGCAGGAGCGGGCUCAGAAAUCCCAGGAGUUGCAGAGUCAGCUUAGCCAGUGUAAUAAUGCUUUGGAGAAUUCUGAAGAACUACUAGAAUUUGCAACACGGUCACUAGAUAUAAAAGAAUCUGAAGAAUUUUCAAAGGCUGCCAGACAGAUCAAGGAUAGAGUAACAAUGGCUUCUGCUUUUCGCCUUUCUCUGAGACCAAAGGUCAGUGACAACAUGACUCAUCUAAUGGUGGAUUUUUCUCAGGAAAGAAAGAUGCUCCAGGCUUUGAAGUUUUUGCCAGUACCCAAAGCUCCAGAGAUCGAUCCCGUUGAAUGUCUGGUGGCGGACAAUGCUGUAACGGUGGCUUGGAGGAUGCCAGAAGAAGACAGGAAGAUCGACCACUUUAUACUGGAGUACAGGAAGACUAAUUUCGAUGGACUUCCACGCGUAAAGGAUGAACGGUGCUGGGAGCUAGUUGAUCACAUCAAGGGCACAGAACAUACACUGUCAGGCUUAAAAUUUGAUUCCAAGUAUAUGAACUUCAGAGUACGAGCUUGUAACAAGGCAGUGGCUGGAGAGUAUUCCGACCCAGUGACCCUGGAGACCAAAGCACUUAACUUCGUUUUGGAUAAUUCCUCAUCUCAUGUGAACCUGAGAGUUGAAGACAGCUGUGUGGAAUGGGACCCUACUGGAGGGAAAGGUCAAGAAAGUAAAAUCAAAGGCAAAGAGAACAAGAGCAGUAUCCAUGUUACUUCACUGAAGAAGCCUACAAGAAGUGGUACACCCUCCCCCAAACGGACGUCUGUAGGUUCCAGGCCACCGGCAGUAAGAGGUAGCAGAGAUCGCUUCACGGGAGAGUCAUACACAGUGCUGGGAGACACUGCUAUUGAAAGUGGCCAGCAUUACUGGGAGGUCAAGGCUCAGAAGGACUGCAAAUCCUACAGCGUGGGGGUGGCGUACAAGACCCUGGGCAAGUUUGACCAGCUGGGAAAGACGAACACAAGCUGGUGUGUUCACGUCAACAACUGGCUACAAAACACGUUUGCAGCCAAGCAUAACAAUAAAGUCAAAGCUUUGGAUGUCGCUGUUCCCGAGAAAAUGGGUGUCUUUUGUGACUUUGAUGGGGGUCAACUUUCUUUCUAUGAUGCGAACUCAAAACAAUUGUUAUAUUCCUUUAAGACAAAAUUUACUCAGCCUGUUCUGCCUGGUUUCAUGGUUUGGUGUGGCGGACUCUCUUUAAGUACUGGGAUGCAAGUGCCAAGUGCUGUGAGAACUCUUCAGAAAAGUGAAAACGGGAUGACUGGCUCAGCGAGCAGCCUAAACAAUGUUACUCAGUAGUACCUACACAGAGCAUGAGCCCCCGCCUUUGCUGGGGUGGCCUUUCUGUGUGCAGUUACCAAUCACAGACCUCAUGAGCAGAGGGCACUGGGUUGGCUGCAUUCCGCUCUAGGGCCUGGAGUCUGUUAGAAUUAAGCACCUAGCACGAAGCCUUCACAGGAGUCUGACGCACUAUAUUCAUAGAGCAAGCAGAUGCUGGGUGAGAACCUCAUGUUUCAGCGCCUAAGUGUGGGAAUGGCAGUGUUUUAAUAGUUGCACACACGCUCGUAUUAGUGUUUCUUGGACUGCUCUGGCUUUCCUAAUAGGUUUAAUUACAUCCGGGAGCUCUAGGGCCUGGGGUGAAAAACAAUUAAAUUUUGCCUUUUCCUCUAUUUUUUUUUUAACCACAUCACUACCUGUUUAAAUUAGAUUCUUACACUGAAGCUUUAAAUGUCUACGAUCCUGUAAGAUUUUCUGAACAUUGAGCUAAUUGGUUAGAGAUGCAAGAAAGAUUUUCUUAGUGUUCCCAGCCCAUCUCCCUUUUAUAAAAAAGUUGUUUUGACUAGAUUGUGUAUUAUUUUCUCCUUUUCAGAUACUGUGAUGUUUCUCUUGUAGCUGCCACUGAAAAUAGAGAAUGAUUAAUUAGGUUUCUAGGCAAUUUUUUUUUAUGUUACCCUGUUUAAUUGGACUUCUUUUCAUCCUGUUAUUUUGGUGGUGGGUAAAAUCUUCCGAAAAAAAAAACUUUGCAUUUUCUGAAUUUACUGUCUAGGUUAAUAUAACAUUUAAUGGCUGUCUUUGACAAGCUUUCCACUUGAAUUCAGAAGCAACUGAUAAUUAUCCUACUUGUUGCAAUGAAAGUUUAUUACAAUUACAGAGGUGAGGAAUCUAUACCACUCAGCUUUAGUGAAGGUAGAAUGGAUUUUAUACAGGUGCCUAAUACCAUUCUUUACUGAAUUAGUCUUUUACUUUUCAGUAAUUCAUGGAAUGGCUUAACUUAGUUUUUUUUUUUUUUUUUUAAAUACACAUUGCGGACUUAUUCAGCACAUGAUUUUUAAAACAUAAUUAUUAGAUUAUUUUUCAAUUUUCUUACUUCACCUUAUUUACUUUCUAAAGGGGGUUAGUUCCUUCAAUAGAAAUCGUCCCCAGAUUUGAGAAAAACAUGUUAAAUAAUGAAUACAACCCAUGGUUAUUGUGAAGAACAUAACUGUUUUUUUCAGUUGAUCAGAAUUGGUAACACCAGUUCGCUGAGCCGAACUGAAGGCUGCAAUCCCAGUAUUAAGAGUUCCCUGAGCACUGUAAGGUCUGCAUUCGUCUUGUCCUUAACUUUAGAGCCUUUCUCUUUUUCUCGUGUUGCCUUUCUUUCAUUCUUGAUUUCUUUUUUAAAAAGGAAAAAAGCUUUAACCUUUUAUUAUAUAUAAUACACUAGGAUUUCAAGGUAGGCAGAGUUUUACACUUGAUUCUCAUUUUAAGUGUAUCUUACCAUGACAACCUUUUUCCAAGGAGUCGUGAUUAUUGCUGACUUAGCUGGUUAUCACUGCAAGGCCUUCAGAACAGUAACAGCCAAAUCUCAAAGUUUAUUGCUUUCUGACAGAUGUUUUCUUUAUUUAAAGAAGUUUUAUUUGAACCUCCUAAGUUUGUUUUCCCCAGGGAACAUUCACACCUACAUCAUCACUGUCUAAUAACAUAUUGGUAAUUUUAAAAGUUCUAAGUCAGUUCUUGGACAUCAAUUUGUCAAUAGAUAUUCCUUCAAUUCUCUAGAUAAGUUUUUGUUCCUGUUAGUGAUUUUGAAAGAAAAUUUAGAGUGUUAUGUUACAACAGGCUUAUGUUAGGGCCUAAGGAAAAUGGUAAUAUUAAAUUCUCUUUAUAGAAUCAAAUCUAAGUUAGUGGCCAAGCUGCUUUACGUAAACAUUUACGUAGAAAACUUUAGUAAAACUGACGUAAAGCCAGAAAAUUCUUAUAUAACUUUGUACUGUUAUACCUUGCAUAAUUGUGUCUUCUGACUAAAUCAGUGCCUUGUCCCUCUCAGCAUACUCUUGCUCCAUACCCCAUGCAGUUUCCGCUGGUGUCUAAAUCAGAGAUGAUUCUGUGGGACUGGUGCGGGCCUUCUCCUGCAGGGGUAUGAAGGGGAGAAAACGCUCACCAGAGGCCGGGGGAGUGCGGCGCAUGCGACUCUUUUCCUGUGCUCUUAGCAUCAUCUGAAACGCUUCAUAGAGAAUCUCCAUUUGCAAA